CCUACAGAAACGGCAGAAAGGCUCAGCGUUUCGUCAGCUGGAUCCACGACGGCUACCCACACUCGUCAUUUAGGGAUCUUUCCGUGCCAGUGUACUCUUUCCCGACGCCCCUCCCCUCAAAGGAGACAGAGCCCUGAAGCAAAGAAAUCUGGAUCACAGAAAAAGUAUUCAGGGGUCAUGCAAGCCAACUGUAGCCAACUGCACAGCCCUUCAGGAGCUGCAGGCAGUGAGGAUGCCUCAGCCUCCCAGUGUGUCCAAACAAGAUUGACAGGAGAAGCUUCCUGUCUUUAUUCUGGAGAUGUUCAUAUUCAGAUAAACUCCAUGCCUAAAGAAUGUGCUGAAAAUCCAAGCUCCAGAAAUGUAAGGUCAGGUGUCCACGGCUGUACCCAUGGAUGUGUACACAGUCGCUUACGGAGUCACUCCCACAAUGAAGCAAGGCAACCUGAUGAUACCGAGAUGGAGUCUGGAGAUCGUGGUAGUAGCUCCUUCUCAGAAUUCCGAUAUCUCUUCAAGUGGUUGCAAAAAGGUCUUCCAUAUAUUUUGAUUCUGGGUGUCAAACUUGUUAUGCAGCAUAUAACAGGAAUUUCUCUUGGAAUUGGGCUGCUUACAACUUUUAUAUAUGCAAACAAAAGCAUUGUAAAUCAGGUUUUUCUAAGAGAAAGGUGCUCAAAGAUUCAGUGUGCUUGGUUACUGGUAUUCUUAGCAGGAUCUUCUGUUCUUUUAUAUUACACCUUUCAUUCUCAGUCACUUUAUUACAGCUUAAUUUUUUUUAAUCCUACUUUGGACUAUUCGAGCUUCUGGGACGUACUUUGGAUCGUUGGAAUUACAGACUUCAUUCUGAAAUUCCUCUUCAUGGGCUUAAAAUGCCUUAUUUUAUUGGUGCCUUCUUUCAUCAUGCCUUUUAAAUGCAAGGGUUAUUGGUAUAUGGUUUUAGAAGAAUUAUGUCAGUAUUACCGAACUUUUGUCCCCAUACCAGUUUGGUUUCGUUACCUUAUAAGCUAUGGGGAGUUUGGUAAUGUAACUGGAUGGAGUCUUGGGAUAUUGCUGGCUUUACUCUACCUCAUACUAAAACUUCUGGACUUUUUUGGACAUCUGAGAACUUUCAGACGGGUUUUAAGAAUAUUUUUUACACGGCCAAGUCACGGAGUGGCUGCCAGCAAGAGACAGUGUUCAGAUGUGGAUGAUAUUUGUUCAAUAUGUCAAGCUGAAUUUCAAAAGCCAAUUCUUCUCACCUGUCAGCAUAUAUUUUGUGAAGAGUGCAUUACCUUAUGGUUUAACAGAGAGAAAACAUGUCCGCUGUGCAGAACUGUGAUUUCAGACCAUAUAAACAAAUGGCAAGACGGAGCCACUUCAUCACACCUUCAAAUAUAUUAAGUUCUAAACGUAAUAUUAAGGCCACAAAACACUAAUUUUAUUUGGUUACAGUGACUAUUGGUAAAGACAUUAGAAUGGAUUUUCAGGGCUGGAAGUUAAGGAAAAUGUUUCCAAAUGGUUUUAGAAUAUUAUAAUAAGGCAAGUGUGUAGUCCAGCUUCUCAAAAGAUUAAAUGAAAGAACCCUAUAUUUAAAAAUAUAUAUAAGUAAUGUUCAACAUAAUGCAUAUGCAACAUUUAUUCUAUCCUAAUUAUCUGACAGAUAAUUGCAGUGUUAAAUUGUAAAUGUGUUUUCUUGUUAAUGUUACCAAAAUGACAACUGGAUAACUAGAACUAGUGGUUUUAGAGGAAUUCAGGUAUUCUUUCCUGACACUGUUUUCGGAAUAAAGAAUAUUUUUCAUAAUAUUUUUAAGAUACGCAUUACCUGAAAGUAGAAUUUUCUUUAAUAUUGACUUUUAUAAUUCCCAUUCUAAAAUUUCUCAUAAAAUUUGUAUUUUUAAAUGAAUGCUCUAAAUGCUAUAUUUUACCUGUACAAUCAGAUUUUUCUAAGGAAGAUUAAUUUACUGAGGAUGAAAUAUUUUAAUAUUGUAUUAUUCUCUGUAGUGUGAUUAGCAGUCAUUGAGAACAGAUGGUUUAAAUUCCUUUUCUUUGUGGACUUCAUACAUACAAUCCUGCCAUCAGCUUUAAUGUUCAUGGUCUUGCUUUUUGGAAAGUGCCACGGACUUUCUUGGAUUAUUAAAAUAAUUCACAUGGAUUACAAACA